AGUGCUAGUUCUUUCAUUCUCUCUGAGCUGCUGAGAGACGCAAGGUCGAAAGGAGCGGCGCCAUUUUGUUUUUUUUUCCCGUGCCCACUUCAUACAAGAUGAUGCGCCAGUCGGUCAUUGCCAAGCAGCGUACCUCUGCGGGCUUCCUCAUCCCCUGCCAGUUCUACUGCUCGGGUGGCGGCGGCGGGAACGCCUCAGAGAAGGCAGUGAAUGACCGAGGGGCUUCUCCGUGGGACGCCGAUAUGGAGGCGCAUAGGGAUAAGCUGGACAGGCCGCAGCUGAAUGGCUUCGGGUUUAACAGUGGGGGGAGCCUUACUGCCUCCCAGGAGGGAGAAUUGGAUGAGGAUAUUGAUGGCGGCUCCCAGGGUUCUAGCUCCCCCCCGGACAGCCCUGUGUGCCCGAAGGAUGGAUUAUAUAUGGACACCCAGCAGCUCAUCCUGGCUUUCUUCCGGGGAUACUGCGGGGAGGAAACCAGCGGCUUAAAGGCCUCCUUCCUCCUCCAUCAUGGCGCCCACCCCAAGGCCCUGGAGACCCUGCAGCGGGUCGGGGGAGACAUUAUAGAGAAGCACCAUAUGGCCUUUACUGGCAUGCUGCAAAGGUUGUCUAUACAUAGUAGAGAGGACUUGCAGAAACUUUCCGAAGUUCCCGCUUUGGUCUUUAAUGAUGGAGUUACAAACUGGGGCCGGAUUGUUACCGUCAUAAGCUUUGGUGCGUUUGUUGCAAAGCAUCUAAAGAGCAUAGACCUUGAAGACUGUAUCAUGGCUUUGGCGGAGCACUUCACACUAUUCCUAAUGACAAGCAAAAAAGACUGGAUAAUCCAGGAAAAGGGAUGGGAGGGCUUUGUGGACUUUUUUCACAUAGAAGACUAUGAAAGUGGACUCAGAACUGUUUUGAUGGCUUUCUCAAGUGUUGCGGUUCUUGGGGCUGGCUUGGCGUUCAUGAUCCGGUGAACUUUGCAAUGUAUGAACGCCGAAAGGAUUUUAAAUCUGCACUAUAAAAUGUUCUGCAAUCUUUAACAUCUCCUGAACGUGAUUGUGGGACUGAAAUUGGAAAUAGAGAAGGCCAGAACCAAGGAGGCAGUACCACCGUUGGCUGCUUGUGCUGUCCCAAAAUGAGUUUCUGAGAGAGUGGAAAAGACAUUGCCAAGUCCCCUGGAUUGACUGUGUCAAAUACUUUUAUUUUUUUCCCACAAAUAUAAUAUAUUUUGAGUUAUUUCUUAGACACUAUCAUGUACCUCCAUGAAAAGAAAUCACAGGGAAAGGCUUUGGGCUGGACUAUGAGUAGGAAGUGGGCUUGGGGAACUGCAAGUUGGUCUUAUGCUCUGACCAAUAGACUCAUGGGCUGUACAGACUGACUAUACAGCACUUUGAGCUAAUUGGUUGCAGUGUGUAUGAUGGGCCAGACAUGGCUUGACAUGGCAGCCUUCCUUUUCUAAUCAAACAGCAGGAAUGGGAAAGGCGCUACAUCCCUCUUCAAUUCCUCAUUUUCAAACCGAAAUGACCAACUUCCAUCCUACAUAAUGAUUGGUCAGGAUCAGAAGGUUGCCGUACACGUACCAAUAAUAAGAAUGUAUUGCUAGGUGUAUGGCAGCACUUUUGACAGGUUGGAACUUUAGUGUUAAUGUUCCACCACCCAUGAAGCUUGAGAGUGUAGCUCUCGGGCUUCCAUGCAAUUUCACUUUACUGCUUUGAUGUCCUUAGUUAAUAUGCAUUAAGGAAUUGCUCAGCUCAUGUCUUUCAUUUUGAGUUCUUUUUGUGGAGGCUUGGUAGUUAUCUAUAAAGGGAUGAAGUCUAAUAGAAAUUUGGGUGCUUCUACUUGGUAAAUAGACUUUUCUUCCUGCAUAUUUAUUGCGCUGGUUCCUGGUAUGGUUUCAUAUUACGGGCCCUGGAUCAGAGCCUGUACACCUUACUGCUUUAUGGCAUUACGCAUAGCAGAAUAUUAUCUUCAGUCCCUUUUUGAAAGUGGAGCAGUCAUUACUAUUCUCUGUUAGAUAUUUACUUUCACAAAUUAGUGAUUUUUCUGUUUCUAAUGUUACUUUAUUCACUUUUUUUUUUUUUUCUGGUCCUGGUGCAACCAAAUCACAUGGGUUUCUUUAUUGACUGCAAUUUUAAGUCAAUUGAAGAUGCACUAGAAUGAAAAAAUCAUCUGAAAGCAGCAGUGAUAAAGCUAAUGUACAAAUACUAUGUGAAAGAUUUAUUUAAAAGUUGGUGUAUUAUGACAGUUACCAUAUCUCCAAUUUGUUUGGUUUUUUUUUUGCCACCUCUACUGCCUACCAAAAAGUAUUUGUGCAGCUAUAAAACAUGUAAAUAAUGUAACUUGUGUAUAUAGUUUUUCUUCCCCCUUUGCAGGUAGCCAUUCAUUUUAACAUUUAAGUUUUUAGAAUUGACUUUCGAAUUUUCCCCUCAAGCUGAUUCUCUGCCUACUAAACCUGGCUUAGAACUCACACAAGCAAUCUUGCUGCAUGUUCUGAUUUCUCUCGUUCUAAAUUGCUGCGUUGGUAUCUAUGCAACCUACACCCUGCAUGUAUGAAAGGUACUUACUGAAGUUCUAGUAGAACUUGAACACUCUCUUCUCCAAGAGGGACUCCCAUCAACAAAGCAGCAUCGUAGUACUGCAAUAUUGUCAAUUUCCUGCAACAAUGGGUACCAUGGGUAAUUUAUUCUAAUCAAAAGGAACGCGCUCUGGGAUAAGGGGUUCCCCCACCUGUCUCCACUAUCUUUCCAGUGAUCCCUAGGAUCCAGGCCUUUCUCUGCCGCUGUACUGGAACUAUAGCUGUAUUGACACAGGGCUUAUGCAACUAUUGCUUUUUUUUUUUAAAGUGUCAAGUUGCACAUGUAACACUAGCCUUAACAUUACUUUGAUCUAAUGGGGUAGAACCGAAUGUGCAGGUAAAGAUCUGCACUCUUCUUGCCUGUAUGGAAAUGGUAUUCCUCUUUUGGGUGCAACAACAAUUAGUUUGCAAAUCAGAAAGCUAAAAUGUAAGCAUUGGCCUGUUGCCUACCCUAUAUUUUUAUUGUGUAAAUCUUAGUGCAUUUUUUCUAGAAAGCUAUAAUGCUGCUUUCGAUGUUUACAGUAAAAUAAAACUAUUUUUGGUUAA